AUGCGAUUCUGGAACACACUUCUGCUCUGUUUCCUGUUCGUCCAAUACUGCGCCAGCAUUCACUGGCUGGCUCUCGGGCUUGCGGGCAACCGCCUCGAUCGAUCCAGAAUCGCCUACUCAUGCAAGAAUAUGAAAGGGUUGACGAAAAAGCAGAUAAGAUUCUGUCGAAAAAACCCGGAUAUGAUGGAUUCGGUACGAUACGGGGCCCAGAACGCUUAUGCCGAAUGUCAGUACCAAUUCAACAAGAGGAGGUGGAACUGCACCCUCAUAGACCCCACCACUUUGGAAUUAAUAAGUGAUGUGAUGCUACGCGAUGGAACCCGAGAAUCAGCCUUUGUUCAUGCAGUGUCAGCGGCUGGAGUCGCAUACCGGGUAACGCGAGACUGCGCCCGGGGGUUGAACGAACGAUGCGGAUGCGAUCAAUCGAUGCUGAACAUCGAUCCUCAGGUCCGCACCUACGACUAUCAGGGAUGCUCGGACAACGUUCAAUACGGCAUCGCUAUUUCGAGAGAAUUCGUUGAUGCAGCCGAACGAGGCAGAAAUGCUACCCAGAGGGCAAUUUUGAAUCUACACAAUAACAGAGCUGGGCGACAGGUGCUUGAGAAGAGUCUACGACGUGAAUGUAAAUGCCAUGGAAUGAGUGGUUCAUGUGAAAUUAAAACCUGUUGGGAUACAUUACCAACAUUCAGGGAGAUUGGUAUGAUUAUCAAAGACAAAUUCGAUGGAGCAUCAGAGGUGACGAUUGAGGAAGAAGAUGAUGAUCAACCUCGUAUCGUCAUGAAGAAUUCUCAAUUUAAACGGCAUACAAAUGCAGAUCUGAUCUAUAUGAGUCCAUCGCCCGAUUUUUGCGAUGCGGAUCCUGCUCGUGGGAUUUUUGGUACGAAAGGGCGUGAAUGCAAUAUCACAUCUCAAGGGGUGGAUGGUUGCCAAUUGUUAUGCUGUAAUCGGGGAUUUGAACGACGAGUGUUUUUCGAAGUGGAUCAGUGCAAUUGCAAAUUUCACUAUUGUUGUCGAGUCGAAUGUGAACCAUGCGAACGUCGAAUUGAAAGACAUUUCUGUCUUUGA